AUGGACGAUUACGAAGAUGAAGCAGACGAGCAAAUGGACGAGAUGGAUCUAUCAAAUCUCUGCCUUGUGUCGCGGAAACUUCGCAACAUCGCCCAGCCAUUGCUAUUCUCCAAUUUUGAGGAUCUUGAUACCCACGGCGACUUGAGGCGGUUGAUGGCUUUUACAAAGGUCAUCAUCUCGCACCCCGAACUUGCCGAACACGUCCAAUCCAUCAGCUUAACGCCCUUGGUCUUGAAUCCAUUGGAACCAUUUGACAGAAAAUUACCUGCCGAAGACCUAAAGCUGUUCACAAAGGCGAUGCGAGACCUGCAAGUACCGAGUGAUCAGGAGAAUGCCUGGUUGUUCGACCUAGAGUUCCGAAAUUUGAGCUUCAUACUGGCUCUCCUGCUAAGCAAAACUCCUAAUCUCCGUAACCUCACUCUUCCCGGGGCGUUUGUAAUGCUAAAAGCGACCGACUAUUUAUUCACACGCAAUCCGUCCUGCUUGCCCAAUCUCAACCGAUUACGCAUCGAAGGCCACCCAGAGGUGGCCUUUUCAUUUGGUAUACACAUAUCGCAAGAGCAUCACCAAAUUGCUGCAGGCCUGCAAAAGCGUGAAGUCAUUUGUCUGGACCAACUGGUCUGA